UAGUAAAUGUAGCUAUUUCGGAAAACAAUGAUAGAAUCACAAAUAUCAUAAAAACUAAUAUAAAGAGAAUUAAAGAAUUAGGUUAUGAAGAGGAUGUUUCAAAGAUAUACGUCGAUUCUGAAUUACAAGAAUUAUGGAGGAAUUAUGUGAUUGAAUCCGAUGAAUAUAAGCUUGCUAAACUGACAAAAUCAACGACUUACCGGCCUUUAGCGAUACCCACACUAUCAUUUACUGGAAGCCCUCCGAAUAUAAUUCCAGAAGAUAUACCUCGUAUUGAAAAUUCCGAAAAAUUCCAAAAUUUUACUAAAAUAGUAGAUUUGUCAAAAAAUCCGAAUACAACUAAACUGCAUAAUAAUGAAUUGAUAGAAAGAAAUGGUACUGCUAUUGACAUACGCAGGCAAAUGAAUAGCGAAGCAGGAAUGAAAAAUAUGAAAAAAAAAAUGAAUGAAGCGGAAGAACAAAAUUCUCCAACAGCACGGAUAGAAGAUAUUCGGGAGCCCUACUGGGAAGAUGGACACUGGGUAUUUGAAAGAACACCAACGACACCUUCGGGUCGAGAUCAAACCACUUCGCGAGUAUAUUUCGCAACUACAAACCCGCAGGAUUGCGAUCCAUUUUGCUCAUACUAUUUUAAAAAGCACGGUGUAGUUUGCUGCCAUCGGUAUAGCCUGAUACAAAGGAAGAACGAAUAUAAAACGUUCUCAAACAUGUGUGAAAUGGAACAAUACAAUUGUAGGCAACUAACAAAGCGACCACACUGGCAUCCCUUGUACAGAGGGGCGUGUGUCACGUUGUAUAAAAUGCACUCAGGACCAUCCUGGUCAAUAGUCGACAGAAAGAGACAAUUCGACCCAUCAUAAGAAAACGAACUAUAAAAAUUAAAUUAUAUUGACACCCAUGACUUGAAUAAAUCUGUGUAUGUCCUCCCAUUUUACUUGAUUUAAUAGCUAUAAGCAAGCAAUUCGUUUGUAUGUAUAUCAACGAUCUCGCAAACGGCUUCAACCAUUUCUUUGAAAUUUUGUACUCAGGACGUUUCGAGGGCGAUAAAUUGAUCUAGCUAGACUUCAUAUUAAAAAAAUGACAUUUAUUAAAAAAAACCACUGAACAAAGCUCGGUCAUCCAAAUUGAAAAACAAAAUUGUUUAAAACCUAUCUCAAGAAU